UACUCAGAUCCCGUCGAACUUUUGACCUUUAAAUUGCGCUGAAUCACUCCCACACAACAGUGAAGGCUGGGUCACAGACUGUUUUCACUGUUGUAGGUUCCGCAGAGAAGUAAAACGCGGCAUGGCGACGUGUGAGUACACAUACAAGGCUGGGGAGUUCGACGUUUCACCUCAGAUGAAGGAGGACUUUGCCCGGGACGGGUUUGUUAUUGUACGGAAUUUGCUGGACGCGGAAGAGGUGGAGAAGCUUCGCCAGACGGUAGGGGGCGCUGAUGGCGGGAUGUUGUCCAACGCCUUCGAGUCUAAGGACGACACCGGACGUCUGGUCAAGGUCUGCCUCUGGAAACAUCCAGGGAAUGACGUCACGGGCAUCAUCGCUCGCAGCAGGAAAGUGGCGGGGACGUUUGAAAAGCUGCUUGGAGGAGAGGUGUACCAGUACCAUGCUAAGGUUAACAUUAAGAAGCCGCAGGAAGGAGGGGCGUUUGUGUGGCACCAGGACUAUGGAUACUGGUAUAACAACGGCCUGCUGUUUCCAGACAUGGGAACAGUGUUCAUUGCCAUGGACGCAGCUGACAAGCAAAACGGGUGUCUUCAGGUGAUGCGGGGGUCACACCGUGCGGGCCGCAUCGAUCACAAACGUGUGGGGGGACAGACAGGAGCGGACCCUGACAGGGUGCAACAUCUGGAGAAGGUGCUAGAAGUGGUGCAUGCAGAAUUGGAAGCUGGCGAUGCCAUAUUUUUCCACUCUAACGUCUUGCACCGGAGCGACGCGAACAAGUCGGACCGGAUGAGAUGGGGAUAUCUGAUCGCGUACAACAGGGCCACGAACGACCCCGUGUACGAGCAUUACAACGCCUCCUACACGCCGCUUCACAUGGUUGAUGACUCGGAGAUCAAGAGGUGCACCAACAUGACGGACUUCUCCGGGAAAGGUUUCACCGACCCCGCCGACAACAAGAACAUCUCCGGUGUCAAAGUCAGAGGGCACUGAUGUACUACGGUGGCCGCGUUGAAACCUUGUAACCUUCUACUUCUGGGCCACAGUACAGAUGAGCUCAGUCUGUUGUUCGUUUCUCUGAAUAUAUGAACGUCAAAUUAAAGAAUUUUUUAGUUGAAUGCAGUUCAAAGUUAAAACUUAUCAUGUGCAAAUCUGUAUGAAAAUAAUGAUAAUUGUUUCAGACGGAAGGUUCGAAAGUUUAAUUGAUAUCUGUGGUAGAUACGAGACCUCUACAUUGUCUUUUCCUGGAUACCCAGAGCGCUAGUUGAUCAGAACAACAGAUGACAUCCAGUAUAUGCUUUGGUAGGAUGGACAACGAUGAGAUACGACGAUAAAAUAAUGAACAAUCUAUCAGUGUUUGUAGUAUGAUUUGCAAACGUUAAGUCAGAAAUGGAAUGAUUUUCUUCUCAUUCUAUCAUCGCGGAAAUACAAGAAGAACUAAGUUACGCGAAAACUGUAACAGGUACAAUGUAAGGCAAUAUGUACAUACAUGGGAGUUGACAUUUGUGCUAUUGCAGGAAUCUAACAACUAAUCUAAUCUAACAGUAUAACAUUAUACAUAUGACAUACAAGCUAAUACUUCAGAACAUUAUGUCAAUAAAGCAUUGUCUCGUUUU